AUGGCAUUAUCACUGGAAGAAUUCAUCCACUCCCUUGACCUCAGGACCCUCCCCAGGGUUCUAGAAAUCCAGUCAGGCAUCUAUUUUGAAGGCUCUAUUUAUGAAAUGUUUGGAAAUGAAUGCUGUUUGUCAACAGGAGAAGUGAUUAAAAUUACUGGUCUCAAAAUUAAGAAGAUAAUAGCUGAAAUUUGUGAGCACAGUGAAGGUUGUGAGUCCCCACAACCAUUUGAACUGCCUAUGAAUUUUCCAGGUCUUUUUAAGAUUGUGGCUGAUAAAACUCCGUACCUUACUAUGGAAGAAAUUACAAGAACCAUUCAUAUUGGACCAAGUAGACUAGGGCAUCCUUGCUUCUAUCAUCAGAAGGAUCUAAAACUAGAGAAUCUCACCAUAGAGCAGGGUGAGCAAAUCAUGCUCAACUCAGUUGAAGAGAUCAACGGAGAAAUAAUGGUGAACUGUGGAGUAGUAAGGAAUCAUCAAAAUCAUUCCUUUACUUUGCCUUUGUCACAAGAAGGAGAAUUCUAUGAGUGUGGAGAUGAACAUAUUUAUACCCUAAAGGAGAUUGUUGAAUGGAAGAUUCCCAAGAACAGAACCCGAACUGUGAAACUUACAGAUUUUUCAAAUAAGUGGGACUCAGCAAAUCCAUUCCCUAAAGACUUUUAUGGUGCUCUGAUUCUCAAGCCUAUUUAUGAAAUUCAAGGUGUGAUGAAAUUCCGAAAAGAUAUAGUCCGCAUCCUCCCCAGUUUAGAUGUUGAAGUCAAAGACAUUACUGACUCUUAUGAUGCUAACUGGUUUCUUCAGCUGUUAUCUGCAGAAGAUCUUUUGGAAAUGACCAAUAAAGAGUUCCCCAUAGUGGCGGAAGUCAUAGAAGCACCUCAAGGAAACCGGCUGCCCAAAAGCAUUUUGCAGCCUGGAAAGACCAUCGUAAUCCACAAAAAGUACCAGGCGUCAAGGAUCUUAGCCUCAGAAAUUAGAAGCAAUUUUCCUAAAAGACAUUUUUUGAUCCCCACUAGUUAUAAAGGCAAAUUCAAGCGGCGACCUCGGGAGUUCCCAACCGCCUACGACUUAGAGAUAGCUAAGAGUGAAAAGGAUCCUCUCCACGUGGUGGCCACCAAAGCCUUUCAUCCCCCUCAUGACGAGCUGUCAUCUGUGUCUGUUGGGGACCAGUUUCUAGUGCAUCACUCAGAGACCUCUGAAGUCCUUUGUGAGGGGAUAAAAAAAGUGGUGAACGUUCUGGCCUGUGAGAAAAUCCUCAGAAAGUCCUAUGAGGCCGCAGUGCUCCCUCUGUACAUGGAAGGAGGCUUCGUAGAAGUGAUUCAUGAUAAGAAGCUGUACCAGAUUUCUGAGCUCUGUAAACAGUUCCGCUUGCCCUUCAAUGUGAAGGUGUCUGUGAGAGAUCUUUCCAUUGAAGAGGACAUUUUGGCUGCUACACCAGGACUGCAGUUGGAGGAAGAUAUCACAGACUCUUAUCUGCUCAUAAGUGACUUUGCCAACCCCAGGGAGUGCUGGGAAAUUCCUGUUGGCCGCUUGAAUAUGACUGUUCAGUUAGUUAGUCAUUUGUCUGGGGAUACAGGAUCAUUUCUAGUCAGGACUCUGGUAGAGGAGAUCACGGAAGAGCAGUAUUAUAUGAUGAGGAGAUAUGAAAGCUCUCUCUUGCAUCCCCCGCCUCGCCCGCCCAAGCACCCUUCGGUGGAGGAACCAAAGUUAACCCUGCUAACCUCAGCAGAAGAAAGGACAGGGGAUCUGCCUAAGUCUCCCAAGAGUCACCACGUAGACAUAGCCAAGAAACUUGACUCAAAGCAAGCUGGCCUGGAUUCAAAAGUACCAGUUAACCAACCAAAUCAGGAUGAUUUGGCUGACGUGGAGAGAGAGAAGAGGAAGCAUGGGCCACUGCAGCAGCAUGCACCAAUGUGA